GUGGUUCCUUCCUCUGGCCCCGCCCACUCAAUCCAUUCUCGCCGAGGCAGUUGGAACGUAUCCUUCGCGGGAGGAGGAGGAGGAGGCGCUGCCGUGUCGCGGAGGUCGGGAGUGGAGCGUUGUCGGUGGUGAAAUUUAUCAUGUGGGCUGCAUGUUGCAACUGGUUUUGCCUGAAUGGACAGCCUGAAGACAUGCCACACUGCCCGCAGCCAGGAACUCGAGCAUAUUCCAAUGCUGGCUACAGCUCCUUCCCAUCUCCCACAGCUUCCGAGCAGAGUUGCAAAGCCUGCGGGGUGCAUUUCAGCAGCUCCUUCCUUAAGCGCGUCUGCCUGGAUUGCAAAAAGAGCUUCUGCCCUUCCUGUGCGCACCAGCCCGAGAGUGGUCCCUGCCUCUGCCAUCUCUGUGAGCGAUUCCGAGCUACAGCUUUUCAGCGGGAGGAACUCAUCAAAAUGAAAGUGAAGGACUUGCGAGAUUAUCUGGAACUCCGGGAGAUCUCCACGGAGAUGUGCCGUGAAAAAGAUGAGCUGGUGUGCUUGAUCAUCAGUCAGCAGCCCUCGGAUCCCCAAAGGGAGAGGGCCGCCCGGGUUCCUCACUCAGUGCCAGUUUCUGUUGCACAGGAGGAGUGUACAACGACACCAGUUUCACUGAAUUAUUCUCCAGAGCAAAUUUCCACCAAUCCUGCCUUGCAGACUGAGGAGCAUUUACAGGCAAAUGGGCAUGUGCUGCCGAGCCAGGACGAUAUGGCAGAAGUUGAGAGUGCAGUGCAAAACCUGCCUGAGGAAGAGACACAGUCCACUGAUUCAGAAGAUAACCUAGUUACGGGACGGAGGGCAUCUCUCUCUGAUCUUACAAGCCUGAGAGAUAUUGAUGCCCUCUCGGUAAGGCAGUUGAAAGAGAUCCUGGCUCGCAACUUUGUUAACUACAAGGGCUGUUGUGAGAAAUGGGAGCUAAUGGAGAGGGUGACCCGCCUUUACAAAGAGAAGGACCUCCAGCAGCUGGUUUCAGAUACUGAUGAUCAAACUGCUCCAUCUGGUAAUGCCACCCUCCCUGGUUCUGAAGAAAACCUCUGCAAAAUCUGUAUGGACUCCAUCAUUGAUUGUGUCUUAUUGGAGUGUGGCCACAUGGUGACUUGCACAAAGUGUGGGAAACGUAUGAAUGAGUGUCCCAUCUGCCGGCAAUACGUGAUAAGAGCUGUCCACGUUUUCAGGACUUAAGAGCACAGGAAGCAGGACUAAUGUUCUUCCACUGUGACAGAGAGCACCAGUCCCAGGGCUACCCAGUCCCCAUUCUUAAGAAGCCCACAGAUAGGUGAGAUGAAGGAUGGAGGGCUGUGAAGACUUGAGCUGUGAUUGGCUGCCUACCCCGACUAAUACUGUGCAUUAUACCACAGUGCCUGGAGAGCUGGACAUCCUCAGUAGAUCUAGAAAGCAACAUGCCUUUUCUUUCUUUGUCUGCUUUUGACAGGGCAUAAAGGAACUCUUGAUGUUUCCAAGACAUUGAGGCUCUUCCCCUCUGGAGUAAAUAAACAAGGUGAUCUAAAGAGGAAGAGAGAUUUGCUUCUCUCAAUUCUCCUUUCCCUUUGACUAAAUCCUUGAAGGGGAGAGUAUAUAGUCCUUUUUUUGGAUAUGUAUUUUUUUUAAAGGAAAAAAAACUUUAGCUUAUUAGCUAGCCUUGCGGGUCAGGCUGAAAGUCGUCUCUUCUACUGCCUUGGAUUCUUGUACAGUCUGUGUCCUACCGCAGUGGCCAUGGUGACAUAUCUACAGAUGAAGGGGGGUUGUAGGUGAGAGGAUUUAUAAUGAUGAAGAUGAAAUUUUGCCAGAUUGUAGCCGAAUGAGUAUCUCAGGGAUACCUUUUAUGUUUUUUGUUUGUUUAUAAUUUUGUCAUGAUCAAAAUGCGGUGGCCUUUAAGAAAAUUAAGUUGCAUUUUAAGUGAUUUAUUUUGUAUUAUCAUUGGGGGAAACUCUUAACAUUUGUUCUGGAUUUUGCUUAUGGAAUUAGCAUUUGGGAUAAUAAGGAGGAACCAGUUGUGUUUUUAAAGGCCAUUGUCAGAUCAUAAACUACGUUAGGGCCUAUCUUUGACAAAGGAUCCUCUUCAUUUCACUCUUUUGUUAGCAUUUGUUGCCUUUCUGCUAUAGUAUUUCAUACUGAGAUGAACAGAUGUCCAGAUUGCUUUUUGUAGAAGUUCAACUACUUGAUUUUUUUUGAAGUACCUAUUUUGCCUUUAAAUGCCAAGUGUUGGCAUUUCAUUUGCUUCUAUUGUAAAAAAAAAAUCACCUGCUCUUUAAUCACUCUUCAGUGAAGCGCUGAAGUGAAGAAAUUGAAUACAUGGGGUCAGAAUGGGUCUUUUCAUUAGUAAAAGGAGGCUGCUGAAGAUGGAGGGUCUUUUGCCAUGUUCUUCUGAAACUAUUUUUUGGGUGACUAUGCAAAUGGGUUUAGCUAUCAGACUGCAGUUCAUGAAUUCCCAUGAAUCUUGGACUGAAUCCUCCUUUUACAACUGACAGAGAGGACUGUUUUAAGAACCAUGGAAAAAAGGUAAUCAGUAAUUCUAAAAAAAAUGGUUUGGAAGAAAUCCAGGAGAACCGUUUAGUUGUUUACAUACUAUCUUCUUCCAAGGGCAUUUCAGAAAGACAGUUUUUCUCUCCAUGUUGUAUAAAAGCCUUAAGAAACGUGACACUUUCAUAUCAGCUGCUUCCUUCACUAUUGUGUUUUAAUUCCCAGUCAGUCCAAGUGCUUUCUUAAAUUUUGGCUGUUUCUCAAAUUGUUAAAUGCCUUGCAAGUUGAAGAUGCCUUAGUUUGCCUUAAGCCAACAGUACAUAGUCUGUACCUUCCAGAUGUUUUGUACUGCAGUUCUUUUUAGCCUUAGCAGCAAGGGAAUUGCAUUUCAGAACAUAAGCACACUAUCUCUGCCUUAAGUUCUGAGGUGUGCGUAAACUAAGAGUAACAGGCAAUUUUUCUUAUAGGUUGCAUCAACGGGUAGAUUAAGUUUUAUUGUGGAAAGGUUGCAUCACAAAUCUUUCCUCCCCUUCUGUGGAAUUUCACAGGCGUUCAAAAGGGUGGGUGUUUUUUUAGAAAUCAGUUUGCACAUGCAGCAUCUAUUACCUUCUCCUUUGUUAGUUUCCAAAGAUUUAGUCUCAAAAUUGCACUAUUGGGAAUGGCAAUAUCCCAAAUGCCUGGCACAUUAACCCUGGUCCUUGUUAACCUUUGUUCCACCUGCUUUUUUGUAAAUGCUUUUGAUAACAGUUUGCGAGAUAUAAUCCCUACAUGUAUAUCUGUAACCUCUGCAACCAAUACAUAGUUUGUGAAUAGUAAAAAAAGUUUUUUGGGGGUGUGUGCUUCAGUGCAUUUCUAAACAACACAGAUUGGCUGUGUAUAAAGCCAAUGUGGGAAACAAUUUGCAACCCAUUUGGGAUGGUGGGUGAUGGGAUUUUUUUUUUUAAAUGUAGGAAUCUUAAAACUUCAGUUAAUGUUAGAAAUGUUAUUUGAGUCACUGCUGUUUGGCUCUUAAAUUUCUUUUCCCCCUUUUAGGAAGGACUUUUUAAACUUUACAUUCCAAUAGGGAGCAUGUUAUUAAUGAAUAAAGGGAACAUUGUGAACAUUAGAUGUUGAUCAUGCCUAAAAGAAAAUUGCUGGUACGGGUAAUAGUGGGAAAAGAGGUAGGAACCUGAAGAAAGGAAAUACCCAAGUCUAUCUGUUGUAAAAUUCAAUGUGAACAGGGGUGGUGACUUAACAAGUUAGACAUGGCU